AUGGCGUCUGCAUUUCUUACCUCGAUCGAUCUUGCGAGCUACGCCAAUCCCUCCGGCGGCCCCGACCUCAACGCACUCGGUCUCGUCGGCCACGUCUUCACCAAAGUCGACCCAGCUGCCAUUGAUGAUGCCUUUUUCUACCUGCAGCGCACGAUUGGCUACAUCUCGACGUACUUCGAUGUUACGUCGCUGGCCUCAAUCGACGAGAUUGUGUCGCUCCUUGACUCUGGCGCUGCGAAAGUCUUCGUGACGCGCCCGCAAUUGGAUCACCUUGUUUCUGCCAAUAUUUCCCAGGAGAGGCUAGUGCUUGCUAUGCCAGGAAACACAAGAGACGAAGUCAUAAACGCCAUUUCUGGGACCGCGGUGGAUGUCUACUCCCACCAGGUGUACGACCUCGAGCUGGUUGAGGCAUGGCUCAAGGAAUACGGCACAGACCGACCUGAAGUCUACGUCUCGUUCCUCGAGCCCAGCACUGACAGCGCACAGCGCGUAUCUUGCCUUUCUGCUAUCCCGAUCCUUCCCGUAGAUCUUCUCACUGUGGACCCCAAGUCUCAACCACAACUGAUCAGCGUUGCCAAACUGUUGCUCGCAAAUGCUACGAGCGACAGACCCGAUGGACUCUUCACAACCAUUGUUGCAGAUGAGCGAGGUGUGGCAUUAGGCCUUGUAUACAGCAAUGAGGAAAGCGUCUCGGAGAGUCUAAGGACUGGGCGUGGUGUAUACCAAAGUCGGAAGCGAGGCCUGUGGUACAAAGGUGAAAGCAGUGGUGACAUUCAGGAGCUGGUAAGCAUCAGCCUGGAUUGCGAUCACGACUGUUUGCGAUUCAUCGUAAAGCAAAAGGGCAGAGGGUUUUGCCAUUUGGCUACUGCGACAUGUUUUGGACAGUAUCGCGGUGUUUCCCGUCUACAACAGACCCUCCAGGAGCGCAAGGAGUCCACACCGGAAGGCUCGUACACAGCUCGGCUGUUCAAUGAUUCAAAACUGUUGAAUGCCAAAAUAAUAGAGGAAGCAAAUGAGUUGUGCGAGGCUAACACGAAAUCUGAGACAGCUUUCGAAGCCGCAGACCUAAUAUACUUUGCCUUGACGAAGUGCGUAGCUGCUGGCGUAACCCUCGAAGAUGUUGAAAGAAAUCUUGACGCAAAGAGCGUCAAGGUAAAGAGAAGAAGAGGGGAUGCCAAACCACAAUACACAGCCCAGGCAGUGGGAGCUGGUGGUCAAAGCAACGGCAAUACGACAGAGGAGGUCAUCAAGGAAGCAGCCUCUGUUUCGAAGAGUCAAGCGGAUCCAGCCGGGCUUCAAGGAGGCAGAAUCCAGAUGAAGCGAUAUAUCACGUCUGAGGAGUCACCUCAGACAAUCGAGGCUGUACUACAGCGGCCUUCACAAAGAUCUGGCGAGCAGGUCAUGGGAAUCGUUCGCCCAAUCAUCGACGCAGUCAAGUCUCGAGGGGAUGCUGCGUUACUGGAGUACACCAAAAAGUUCGACAAGGCAACUUCGCUCAGCUCACCAGUGCUAUCCGCUCCGUUUCAUCCGUCGCUGAUGCAGCUGCCCCCUGAGACAAUACAAGCUAUCGACAUUUCGUUCGAGAAUAUCCGAAAGUUUCACGCCGCCCAAAAGGAAGACAGACCACUUUCUGUUGAAACUAUGCCUGGGGUCGUCUGCUCUCGGUUUGCCCGUGCAAUUGAGCGAGUGGGACUCUACGUGCCCGGUGGCACUGCAGUUCUGCCAUCAUCAGCGAUGAUGUUGGGAGUGCCUGCCAUGGUGGCAGGCUGUAAGAAAAUUGUGAUUGCAUCGCCACCGAGACCCGAUGGAUCUAUCACACCUGAGAUUGUUUACAUUGCCCACAAGGUUGGAGCUGAAAGCAUUCUAUUAGCUGGAGGUGCUCAAGCGGUUGCGGCACUCGCUUAUGGAACGGAGAGUGUGUCUAAAGUUGACAAAAUAUUGGGGCCAGGCAACCAGUUCGUCACCGCCGCAAAGAUGUUUGUAUCGAACGAUACUAGCGCCGGGGUGAGUAUAGACAUGCCUGCUGGUCCCAGUGAGGUACUGGUCAUUGCGGACGCUUCAGCGAAUCCUGCUUUUGUUGCGUCGGAUCUUCUCAGUCAAGCAGAGCACGGCGUUGAUUCUCAGGUCAUACUGAUUGCGGUAGACCUUACCCAAUCUCAACUUACAGCAAUUGAAGACGAAUUGCACGCACAGGCCAAUGCUCUCCCGCGAGUGGAUAUUGUCAGAGGAGCGAUCGAACACUCAGUGACACUCGUCGCAAAAGAUAUCGUCGAAGCGAUGAGGCUUAGCAACCUCUAUGCCCCCGAGCAUCUGAUCUUACAGGUGCAGAACGCUGAGGGUGUUGUUGCCUUGGUUGAGAACGCUGGUAGUGUGUUCAUUGGAGAGUGGACACCAGAGAGCGUGGGCGAUUACUCUGCAGGCGUCAACCAUUCGCUACCGACCUAUGGCUAUGCCAAACAAUACUCAGGAGUAAAUCUUGGCUCAUAUAUCAAGCAUAUCACUAGUUCCCAGUUAACACUAGAGGGACUGCGCAACGUCGGAGGUGCAGUAAUGCAGCUGGCGAAGGUUGAAGAACUAGAGGCACAUCGUAGGGCUGUUGGUAUUCGACUAGGAGAGUUGUAUUACUAGAUAAGGUUGCAGACCCACCUUAAAUGCAAGAUUUACCCCUGUAUAACUAGGCAUAGUACGCUGAUAGUGAGAAUUCUACGCUAUAAGCCAUUAAUCUAGAGUUGUUCAGGCGUUCGUCAUGUUGGUUGCAAAAGCGAGCCGGAAACAAUCUAAAAUUGGCUUUUAGAUAGUUAGAAGAGACUUGAACACAAUUUUAUAACGUACUCCACAAGCGAGCGGUCCAGCCCAAUCAAUAUACACCAAAAAAUAAAUAUUUCAUAGCAAAAUAUCUCAAC